GCUGGGGAACCAUAUAAAGGGCACCCGGGUCCCUGCUCAGCUCAGAACUCCACUAGAGGCCUCUCCAGCCAUCCCCACUGUGAGUCCUGUUGAUCCUAAAGCAGUUUCCAGGAUGUCCCAGCAACACACUCUGCCAGUGACCCUGCCCCCUGCCCUCAGUCAGGAGCCCCUCAAGCCUGUGUCUCCUCCCAUCGAUACUCAACAAGAGCAGGUGAAACAGUCGACUUCACUACCUGUCCUGUGCCAAAAGAUGCCCUCUCCACUCCCAGGGAAGGUUCCCUUGGGGCAUGGGGAGAAACAUACAAGUCUUGUGAAGGGGGCACCCGAGCAACAGUGUGAGCCACAGGAGCAGGAACAACAGCAGAAACAACAAGAGUCACAGGAGCAGAAACUGCACCUGGAACAGUGUCUGGAACAGCAUCAGGAACAACAAGAGUCACAGGACCAGAAACUGCACCCGGAACAGUGUCUGGAACAGCAGCAGGAGCAACAAGAGUCACAGGAAAAGGAACUUCAUCUGGAACAGGAACAGCAGAAGGAGGAGCUACAGCAGCAGGAACAGCAGCAGAAAAAGGAACAGUGUGAGAAACAUCAGGAAGCAAAAAAUCUGGAGCAGCAGCUAGAGCAGAUAGGAGCACAAAGGAAGCAGCAGCAAAAGGAACAGCUGGAACAGGAAAAGAAGCUCGUGGACCAGCACCUGGAUCAAGAGCCAGCACAGAGAAAUGAGCAACCAGAAAAGAAAGAAGAGCAGGUGCUGGAGCAGCAGGGGCAGCAGGAGGGGCAGCUGGAGCGGCCUGCCUUUGUCCCAGCUCUGGGUCAGGUUCAAGAGCCCCUGAAGGGAGAAGUCCUGCCCCUCACAGAGCAGCAGCACCAGAAGCAGGGGGUUCACAACCCUCCAGAACACCAGUGAGCACCCCCAGGACCCCAGAGGCUCUCAUGUAUCUCAAGUCCCCAGCCCUCGUGGCCCACCUCCUCUGUGAAUCCACCUGACCCUGUACCUCUGUUUCCCUGACAGGGCUGGGGGAAGGGGGAAUUACGGCUCGGCACCCACCCCUCAUGAGCUCGUCCCAUCCUCAGGUGGCCAGAACCUCUGCCUGAGGAGACACUACUUACUACACUAACUCUGACUUUGUCCCCAGGAUUAUAGCUGAAUCUGUGAGUGUGCACAAUAAUACAAAAUAAAUCCUGGAAGUUCUGGGA